AUGAGCAGGAAUAUUCGGAAACUCAUAGACUUGAUUAACGAGCGAGUGAAAACGUCCGAAGGCACAACCAAACUAGACUUUAAUGAAUACUCCAAUUUCCUUGCAUUUGACGCCAUAGGUAAUUUUGCAUUCGGGGAAUCAUUCGGCUUCCUGGAUCGAGGACAAGAUUACCUCAACCUCAUCGACGCAGUCGAUGCCCGCGGCGAAGCGCUGAAUGCACUCGGCCACCUUCCACGGCUAAUCAGGGAAUUCAUCAAGAUAUUUCCGCUGGACCCGUUCUGGUCUCAGGGAAUGCGAGGAACACAGGCCCUCGCCGCGAUCGGGACAAAGGCCUACUUCAACCGACGUGACCAGGCGACUUCGCGCAAGGACCUGCUGAGCUUGCUUUUCAACGCGAAGGACCCGGACACGGGGAGUCCCCUCGAUGAAAAAGAAAUUAUCGCCGAGUCGAUUUCGUUUAUUGUCGGGGGCAGCGACACGACUAGCACGAGCAUGACCAAUGUCGUGGACAUUGUCUCUCGGGACGAGGCGGUACAGCGGCGGCUGCAGGCGGAGCUGGAUGCGGCGUUUCCGGGUGAGAUGUCACCCAGCUGGGUUCCGGAUUUCAAGACGAUUGAGUAUCUCCCCGUGCUUAAUGCCGUGGUCCGAGAGACGAUGCGGUUCCGCCCGACAAGCGCCACUGGGCUUGAGAGGGUCACGCCAAAGGGUGGCAAGAUGGUCGCAGGGAGGUUUCUACCAGAGGGUACGCAAGUCAGCGUGCCAACAUUCAGCGUUCACCAUAGUUCCCGUGCAUUCCAGGAUGCCGAUACCUUCAACUACGAGAGGUGGCUUGCGGAGGACUCUGGGAAACUACUGGACUCCUUUGUGCCAUUCUCCGUCGGUCCUCGUGCCUGCAUUGGCCGAAACUUUGCGUGGAUGGAGAUGUUCAAAACCCUGGCGGCGUUAUUCAAGCUCUUCCAUAUUGAACGAGUCCCAGUCGGUGACACACAACUCCGCGAGGGUUUUUUUGUGAAGACCAAGGAGUGCCAUAUUAGUCUGAGCCGCAGAUAAGGUUGGAUAUGUGCAAUCUUCAUGUUUGCAAAGGGGCACCGCUUGAGGUGCAGUUUGGAUCGGUUGCUGUUUAUCGUAGGAAAGCACACCCUAUAUAGAUGACGUGUUGUUAUAUUUUUAUUGCUGUAAUUAACAGUCUUUACACACG